AUGGACCAACAAUUUUCAUUGUCUUGGAAUAACUUUCAUGGUAACUUAAGCAAGGGAUUCGCUGGACUAUUGGGCAAUGGUGAAUUUGUCGACGUUACGAUUGCUGUGGAAGGCCACUUGCUUCAGGCCCACAAAGUUAUACUCUCAAUAUGUUCACCUUACUUCAAGAAAAUGUUCCAACUAAAUCCUUGUCAACAUCCAAUUGUUGUUCUCCGAGAUGUGACACAUAAGGCAAUGAGAGAUUUGUUACAAUUUAUGUAUCAUGGUGAAGUUAGUGUUAAAAGAGAAGAUCUCACUAGUUUUAUAGGAACAGCUGAAGUGUUGCAAAUUAAAGGAUUAACAAACAAAGAGACUGAAGAUGAUGUUUCCGAGACUGAAAAAGAUCCUAUACAAAUUAUAGAAACUCAAAAUGAUAACCACAACUCAGAAUCUUGUGCAUCUGAUAUAUAUGAUUCAUCACCAAACGACACACCAGAAUCAUAUGAAUUAGAUUUAUUCAAGCAAAGAAAAUUACUUGGAAAACUUCAGCAAAUCAGUGAGUUAAAAAGAAAGUCGGAUGAAUUCCUCAGAACAAACUACUAUACAGACAUACUCAAUGCAGAGAAAAGGCAAAAGUUAAAUGAAAAACCACAGAGUAAACCAUCAAAUCACCCGCUCCACAGCACAUUUGAUGAUUUGAAAAAAAUAUAUGAUGAAAAUCCCGUGGAAAUAACAACAACAAUUAAUCCUAAUGUACACAGUCCUGCAAAAAAUAAUAUUAUGAAUGAGAGAAAUAAGAAUACCAGUGCAACAGAUAAUUCAAUUGAAUUGAAAACUGAAUGUGAUGAUAGUGACAUAAUUGUAUCAGAUCCAGCCGUAUGUACAGCACAUGAAACAAUACAGGAUGGAAAGAAAAAUUUAAUGAUGCCAUUGGAUUUGCAGACAACACAAGACAAUUGCACCGGUCUCAAUGCACUUUUUAUGGAUCUUAAAAAUUUAGUAAACGGGAAGGUCUCGAAUAAAAUUGUGAGGCCGAUUUACGAGGAGUACGCGAGGCCCGCCCUAGAUCACCGCCUUGUGACGAUCCCACAAAAGGAAGAUGGAAAAAAGAAAUACCCCCAACGUUCUUGCCGUCUCUGUUGGCGGAUAGGAAAGCGCCGCGACACUCGUUUCAUGUGUAGUGCUUGUGAAUUGCCGUUCUGUGCUUUAUCCCUUGUCAUGAACGGAUCCAGCGACAGUCAGUUACCAGUAAGAUACAAGUACAUUUACAGCAGGAAAGGCCACAAACAGUUGGUACAUAUGAACUUUGUAUAUACGAAACAUUCUACCACUCACGGUAAGACAUCGUGGAGGUGCGUGCAAUAUUUCUCCCUUAACAGAUGUCCGGCCACAGUUGAAACUAUUGACGCAAUGAUAUACGCCGUCAACCAUCAGCAUAACCACGAAGAUUGUUACGAUAAACUUGUAAGGAAUAAUAUCUAUGAAAUGGAUAGCUCCUCUAAAUAA